UAAAUGGAAAACAGUGAGCUCCAUUUCUGACACGAUCAAAGUGGAUGGUCAUGCCAUGUAGCAGCCAAUACACACCAACAUAGCCACGUAUCAACACUUGCUUAAUUACUUCACUCCCUCUCCAUCAAACCUCUUAUCCUCCUUCCAACUAUAAAUUAUGCUAAGUUUGUUCUUAUCACCAACCCUUCAAAUUAGAACUUCUCUAAAAACAAUGUUGAAAUCAGCUAUGGGAUUAGGAGAGAGAAAGCAGCAGCAGCAGCAGAUGAGGAGACCUACUCAAGCAAGUUCAAGGAAAGGGUGCAUGAGAGGCAAAGGAGGCCCAGAGAAUGCUUCCUGCACCUACAAAGGUGUCCGGCAGCGCACUUGGGGCAAGUGGGUGGCGGAAAUCCGCGAGCCCAACCGCGGCGCGCGUCUCUGGUUGGGGACCUUUGACACCUCCCACGAAGCUGCAAGGGCCUACGAUGCCGCGGCUACCAAGCUCUACGGGUCGGCUGCCAAGCUCAACCUGCCGGAGCUUCAUCACAUGAAGCCCCCACCGUUUUCGCGCUCCCCCACCGACACCCGCAUGGAAAAUCAACUGCGGGUUCAAGGAAGUUCGUCUUUGUCAUCGGAUAGCUCGCGUUCGGGGUUCAAUGAUCAUGAAUCGGUGUUCGGGAGUCUUGAGUUAUCACUUAAAAGUGAAGGUGUUGGCGAUAACGGUGUAGGAAUUGACCGGAGUUGGGAGAAUCUGAGCGUGGAAUUGCCGGAGUUUGACGACUCAUCUAUUUGGGCGGAGGUCACGGCGACUUUUGGGUUUCACGAGGUGGCGGAACAAGGGAAAGGUGUGGACGGCAUCGAGUAUCCAUGGGGCAACUGAAAAACUAUAUUGAAAGGGUUAUUAAUUUAGUUGUAUAUUGUGAAUAAUACAUAUGCAUAUAGUACUAAUAGUUAUACACUUAGGAACAUGUGUAGAAAUAUCGUACACUUUGGUAAUCGUAACAGGGGUUGUGUAUUUUCUCAACCGCUAUGGUACCCAUAGAGACAGAUAUAUGUAUUUGCUCUUUUUUGUGAAGCGUGCUUCAUGUAUAAAACAUGUAUGAAAAGUUUGAGUAAUCUUUACAAAGUAAGUUUGUUUG